CCCUCAAUUGGACAGAAGGAUUUCGCUCGAGUCGUAUCGUGGGCGAAGCUAAAAAAAAAGAUCAUCGCGAUCGUAAGAGACUCGGAGAGAGACUUGGUCGUCUCGUGGUAUAGGAAGAAAGGAACGGGCUCACUGAUUAGAGUCUGAGAUCUAGGUGGCACGUGUUGGUGACAAUCAGGGAUACUAUUCAACGUGAGCGUUGCAUCGUUCCGUCCUGAGACGUUCGAUUCUCCUUCGUAACGUGCGUCAAAAGAAGUCGUCGCGCCGAUGUCAAAGGCCUUCAUCCGCCCCGUCCUCGGUCACUUGGAUCCCCCCGGCAAGUCGGACAGGAACGAAAAUUAUAAUCCACGCAUGUCACCCCGUAAUGGCUCGUGCGUGGCGGAAGUGAGCUCGGUGAGAAGUCUGUCGUCGGACGAUGUCUCGACGACCAAGGCGAACCGGAAAAGAUCCUGCUGGGCACGUGCAACGGAUCCGGCCCAUCGCCGCGGACGCCGAAUCCAGCUGCUGCAAAUGCUGGUGCUACCGUUCAUACCGAUUCUAGCGUUGAUCGUUCAAACGGCGAACACCCUCCACGACAUCCUGAUCUAUCGGCAGGAGGUCUCCGACAUCGAGACACAGGUGACGAUCGCCACUGAUCUGGGAAAGGUCGUAACGCGAAUGCAGCUGGAGAGAUCCGAGGUCGCGUUCUUCAUUUACACCAACGGGAACACUCUCAGGUCGAACUUGACGCAGAGGUUCGCCAUAACCGAUCAGGCGCUGCACAAUAUGACUACGUGGCCCCUGGUCUCCGUGCCCCGGGACGAGAGCAAGACGCAGGCCUAUGACGUGGUCAGCAAAGAGGCCUUCCAAGCACGCCUCGAGGAUUUCAGGCAGAAGAUAAGCUCGGAGGAGAGCGUGAUGAUCACGGAGGUGAUGGCGUGGUACACGAGCGUGAACGCGGCGAUGCUGGACCAUCUGACUAAUCAGAUCAAAGAAACGGACAACAGCGGAGUUUGGAGGUAUUUGAUAGCUUUUAAAAAUUUGCUGAGGAGCAUCGAGAGCCUGGGUAUUGCUUCCGUGUACGGAAUCAAUUACUUUGGACGUGGAAUACUUCUGGGGGACAAUUACGUCAGCUACGUUCGCCACGAUGCCCUCGGACGUGAUCUCCUCAGCGGAUCUCUCACAUACGUGCCUUCCCUCAAAAACUUUUAUGCCGAACUCACCCGCACCAUGCCAGACUACGGGAGGAUCAAAUCUAGGCGAGACGAGAUCCUGCGUAACCAAAACCGGAAACCGAACAUAGAAGACGCGAUCGCUUACUUCGAUUCCAUGGCAACCUACGUGGACGAGCUGCGUAAACUCCAACGAGAAUUGCGACACAUGAUCAGGGAUUACGUGAACUUAACGUUGCAAGACGCGAGUAACAGAGAAGCCGCUGGGAUAGCCAUCGUCGUGUUGGUGCUGGUCGUUUCCCCUAUCAUUAUAAUACUAGUACGUAACGCGGUCGCAACGAUACAGAUGUACGCGGCCAAUUUGACCCAGAAGGCGCGAGAACUGAAGCAGGAAAAGGGCAAGAGCGACACGCUGUUGUUCCAAAUGUUACCGCCCAGCGUUGCUCAACAAUUGAAGCAGACUCAACAGGUACCGGCGGAGUACUACGAAGCGGUGACCGUGUAUUUCAGCGACAUCGUUGGAUUCACGGAGAUCGCCGCGGAGAACACACCUUUAGAAGUGGUCACGUUUCUGAACUCGAUUUACAAGUUGUUCGACGCCCGUAUCGAGUGUUACGACGUAUACAAAGUCGAGACCAUCGGCGACUCGUACAUGGUAGCUUCCGGGUUGCCCGUUAGAAACGGGGACAAACACGUGUCCGAGAUAGCAACGAUGGCCCUCGAUCUCCUCGAGGCAUCGUCGAUAUUUCAAGUGCCGAAACGACCAGGAGAGCGUCUACAGAUACGCAGCGGUGCGCACACGGGACCCGUGGUCGCCGGAAUCGUGGGAAGCAAGAUGCCCCGGUACUGCCUGUUCGGCGACACGGUAAAUACGGCCAGUCGCAUGGAAUCGACCGGGGAAGCUCUACGAAUACAUAUCAGCUUGGAAAUGAAAAAGGCUUUGGACGCUGUGGGCGGUUUCAAGAUUGCGCACCGUGGCCUGGUCGACGUCAAGGGCAAGGGACUGAUGGACACCUACUGGCUGGAAUGUAAGGACGGGGGGAUCGCGCGUGCCGCGGAAUUGGAUCAGCCGUCGUUCUUCGAAGACGUUCGACCAGUCUACAUACGUCGACUACGGGAGGAGGGUGGUCGCAAGAACCGUUUGUCCCAUCCGAAUCUACACAUCACCCCCGUGAAACCGCCGCCCCAGUCGCAGUCCAGCAUCGAGUCUCAGGAUUCGGCGACGUACGAGGGCACCCACUCGACGACGCCCUGCCCGCCAAGUUACUCGCCCGCGAGUCAACGAAGUCGUUACUCCCAACCGAAUCUGCCCACCCUUCUUAUAUCGUACGACCGAAGAUCCAGCGGCUCCCCCGACCGUCGCAUAAGGAUGUCCCAGCCGACGUUGAAUUACAGUUUCAGCGGGAUGAACAUCGCCGGGAUGACUCGCGGCUCCCGAUUGUCGUACACCAGCCUGAGGGCAGCGUCCGGAGACAACAGUAUCAACGAGGAGAGAUUGUCGGCGCCGAGUGUGCAGGGUUUCGGUGGAAGCUCGAGGGGCAGUUUGACGAUGGAAGUUCAAGGUUCCUCGAGGCUUUCUCAGCCGGACGUGAGGAGAUUCACUUUGCGGCAGGACGUAACGGGGAAACGGGAACGUCUCUCUCAGCCGACUCUGGUCACCGGCGACUAUCAUCCCGGCCGCGGUCAACAGAGGCUGUCUCAGCCCUGUCUGAGCUCCGGCAAAGACAUUCAUCUGCCCGCGAUGAUGUUCCACAGCCCCUCGCCGCCGCCUAUCAAGCACAAACGAUUCUCGCCGGGCAUACACGCCAGCCACAGGGAUCGUUUGUCGCAGUUGGACAUCGGCGCUAAGUACAGAAACUUCAAAGAGUCCGCGGGGACCAAGUUCAAUCGGGACAGAUUCUCUAUACCGGAACUCGAGACGCAAAACGAUCUGAAGCUGAUCGCCGGCACGCCGAAGCAGCGGUUUAGUCUGGACAGUCAACUGACGCGUAAUCAAGACAUGACACGGUCGAGAUUGCUGCCGAUUGCCAGUUCGCCUAUCAGUGAACACCAUCCCAGAAUCGACGAGCAUCCGGUGAUCCCAAGCGCGAGGAUCUCCGGCGGCAGGAGUCCCACCACGGAAGGCCUCGGAAGAGUGUUGAUGGCUAGCACCACGCCGAUACUACCGCCGAGCGAGCGGCACUUGCUGACCGCCGAGCUGAGCAGGGUAGUGUCGAUCACUUCCACGGCGUCGACUAUGACCCAGCAGAAGACCACGAUGAGCAGGCUUCACAGAUCUGUAUCACCGAUUCCCAACAGGGAGAGGAUGUCGGUGCCGGAAAUAAGGAACUCGAGUCUGCGCCGAUUGCUCGAUCCGCCGACCAGGCAGAGGCACAGCAUCACGGGCAACCUGAGGCAGAGCAUCUGCUCGCCGAUAAGGCCUCUCGACCUCGGCAGAAAGUCGCCGAAGCAUCUGUUCGAGGAAGCCCUGGAGAGAUUCCGGAAGGACGAGAAGGAGGAGAACCGUAAAAACGAGACGUCGAGCUCGCAGACGAUCAUCAACAUCGUCGACGCCGAGCCGAUGAAACACAUCCAAAGACACUAUUCGUACACGUACGAGAGCACGGACGACACCGGCUCGUUGUUCGACAAGCUGAACAUGUCCGUGGUACCGAAGAAGAAGUAUCUGGAGAGCAACUUCGACGAGAACGAGCAGGUGAUCACGACGGUAAUCGAAACGGACGUGCCGAUGAUCAUCGCGAAUCCGAAGUACUCGAAGAAGUCGCCGUACUCGAGCGAGACGCCCAAGUGGAUCAAGAAGUACCUGGAGAGUGAGAGCCCAAAGCGCGGUAGGAAGGCGACGAGCAACAAGGAGAGAGUGUGUAGAAAGGACAGCCGCAGGAAGAACUCAUUGGAAUCGGUGGACGACGAAAAGAUUACGGACAAGACUAAAGUUCGUUCGAAGUCGGUCAGCAGCGGUGAGAGAAGUCCGAGGAACGUCGGCGCGGUGCAGUCCGAGGUGAAAAACAUGAAGAACACGUACGUGACCAUCGUGCCCUCGAACAGGACUCGGGAGAACAAGUACGAGGUAAAGGUGGAAAGUAACUGGCUCGAUGGUAACGUUCGUGGACUGUACGACGAGGAUGAAUGCGACGACACGGACUCCGACGAUUCCACAUCCAUAUAAAUAUACUCAUUGAACGCACGAUUCUCGGGGACGCAUCGUCGUCGAGGUGGAAUUUGAAGUUAAUUCUGAAAAGCUGAUUCUUCCGAUAGCUCUAUACGUCUCCCGGAUUUACCUCUGCAUUUUGUCAAACGGCAACGUUCAAGGAUCGAAACAACGAUACUGACGAUGAAAGAUGAAAAGAAAAAAGAAAUUUGUUCAGCUAAACUACGAAUUGGCGCAGUGAGAAAUUUGAACAAAAAUUUUAUGUUCUGUACUUAAACCAUGGAAAUGUUAUGAUUUUUAUGCAGAACGAUAUUUUUCACUGGUUACCAGAUCGGGGGAAAUCGCGUCGAUAGGAAUCAAGCUUGAUCAGCCUAAAGUACACACCUGAACAACGGAACACUGAAAACCUGACACGUCUAAUUCGAAGUAUUUUCUCACGUUACUGUAUAUACCGUGAAUCGCCGCGAACGAACAAUUACAGAUGCAAAUACUUAAAUUGUGUCCAAUCAUUGUCUUUGCUGAAUUUCAAACGUAGAUUCAACGCGUUAGUUUCUUAUUUUAUUAUUUCAACGAAACAGUAUGUCGUUACUACCCGAGAUUCGUAUGCGACGCGUAACACUUCUCUUGGGCCCAUAGAUCGUUCGGGAUGCGUGUUCUCUCGUCGAUAUACCACCGACUUUGGAUCGUAAUGAUUUUAGGGGAUGUGCGCCGAAAGAAAAUAUUCAUUUUCUUUUAUUCUGUACUAGUCAUCAAUGAGAUUCACACGCGAAUCCAGUCAGAGUUAUCUAUUAAUGAAUUUUAACUCUCAGAGUGAAUAUCCUGUGGGAACGGAAUAUCCUGUUAAGCGAGGAAUCGAUAUUUAUCCGUUUUAAAAAGAAAUUAUGAUACACUCGCGUGUAGAAGACUCGUGUUUCGCAUGAACGUUACGUCGUAUAAAUAUGUACUAGAAAAGUUAUGAUAUUAUAACGAUGAAACGUAAUCGAUGUGAGAGUCGUAAUAUCGUCGUGAACUCGGUGUGAAUGUAUGUAAUAUCGCGCUCGUGAAUGUGAAAUUUAGUUACUGUUCAUCGUUAGCACGUGAAAGGAAAAAUGUAGCUCUUUAUGUAUGUCAUUAAAUAUAUAAAAGAUGUUAUACAUUCAAAUGUAACCGACAUGUAUUUAAUUUUUAAUAAACACGAGUUCUUUGUAUACUA